UACUGUGAUCGUCAUCGAGUGAACAUCGUGCUCAAUCAACUCAUCCAAGAUGUCUGGACGCGGCAAGGGAGGAAAGCUGAAGGUGAAGAAGCAGACGCGGUCGUCGCGAGCUGGGCUGCAGUUCCCCGUUGGGCGGAUCAACCGAUUCCUGCGGAAGGGCAACUACGCCGAACGCAUCGGUGCCGGCGCCCCAGUCUAUCUGGCUGCCGUCCUGGAAUAUCUGACGGCGGAAGUCCUGGAGCUGGGCGGGAACGCCGCACGGGACAACAAGAAGACCCGGAUCAUCCCGCGCCAUCUGCAGCUGGCCAUCCGGAACGACGAGGAGCUGAACCGGCUGAUGCUCGGGGUCACGAUUUCGCAGGGCGGCGUCUUGCCGAACAUUCAUGCCGUCCUGCUGCCGAAGAAGACCCAGGAGAAGCGGAAGCAGGAGGAAUCGGAGGCGAAUUAAUUUGACGGAGGGAGUCUUAGAAACCAACAAAACCGUCCUUUUCAGGACGAACAAAAUUUUCACGAAAGAGUUAUUCUUCAAUCAGUUCCACAUUUCAGCUAACUUCGGAAUAUCUAAAUU